AUGGCGACCGCUACGGUGACCGACUUCAUCACCAGGACAGUCAGUGCGACAAGUGCCACGAGCACCAGCACCAACAGAGCAACUCCUCAGGGUGGCGUCUUUGAGCAUGUCAAUCCGACGGUGUACGACCCCAAGAAUCCCAUCAUCUUGUUCAUCAUCCAAGCCGCCAUCGUCAUCAUCUUGACCCGUAUCAUUCACUUUCCGCUGGCAUAUCUUCGCCAGCCUCGUGUCAUCGCGGAAGUCCUCACUGGAAUUAUCCUGGGCCCUUCCAUCAUGGGGAGGAUUCCCGGUUUCACCGAACACAUCUUUCCCACGCCGUCUAUGCCUGCAUUCUCUCUGGCUGCCAAUCUGGGCCUGGUGUUGUUCCUGUUCCUGGUCGGCCUUGAAGUUGAUCUACGCUUUCUCACGAGCAACUGGCGUGUUGCUUUAAGUGUUGGCGCUGCCGGAAUGGCUUUACCUUUUGGCCUGGGUUGCGGCAUCGCUUGGGGAUUGUACCACGAAUUCCGAAACGACCCCGGCCUGGCUCAUAUAAGUUUCGGCGUCUACAUGCUUUUCAUCGGUGUGGCUAUGGCGAUCACGGCUUUCCCGGUGCUUUGCCGCAUCUUGACUUCGCUCAAAUUGCUGAGCACGCCUGUUGGCGUGAUUGUGCUCUCUGCCGGAGUUGGCAACGACGUCGUAGGCUGGAUCCUGCUUGCCCUAUGUGUGGCUCUUGUGAACUCUGGGGCAGGACUCACUGCAUUGUGGAUUCUUCUCGUCUCUGUCGGAUAUUCCCUCUUCUUGAUCUUCGGUGUCCGUCCAUGCUUUAUGUUCAUGUUGAGAAAGACUGGCAGUCUUGCCAAUGGUCCAACCCAGACUGUAGUUGCAGUGACUGUCCUUCUUGUCUUGGCUUCCGCAUUUUUCACUGGCAUCAUCGGCAUUCAUCCCAUCUUCGGUGCCUUCAUGAUCGGUCUCAUGGCACCUCAUGAGGGAGGAUUCGCAGUCAAGUUGACUGAGAAACUGGAAGAUCUCGUCAGUGUCCUCUUCCUGCCACUCUAUUUCGCUCUCUCUGGCUUGAGCACCAAUCUGGGCCUCCUCAACAACGGAAUCACAUGGGCAUAUGUGGUGGGAGUGUGCGCCGUCGCAUGGUUUGGCAAGAUUGCCGGUGGCACAAUUGCCUCGCGCUUGAACGGAUUGGUCUGGAGAGAAUCCUUUACCAUUGGCUGCCUAAUGUCGUGCAAGGGGCUGGUCGAAUUGAUUGUGCUCAAUAUCGGAUUUCAGGCAAAGAUACUCAGCCAGCGUACCUUCACCAUCUUCGUGGUCAUGGCACUUGUCACCACUUUCGCCACGACUCCUUUGACCGUCUGGCUAUAUCCACCAUGGUAUCAGAGAAAGCUGGAACUCUGGAAACAAGGCAAGAUAGAUUGGGACGGCAACCCAAUUCAUCAUGAUGACGAUGCGGAUGAAGGCAACGAACCCGACCUCCUGCGCAAAACGGACGUGGCGAAGCGGAUUUUGGUAUACCUCCGUCUGGACGGCCUUCCUAGCCUCUUCACCAUGGUGAACAUGUUUGCCCACAAGCAUGACGAAUUGUACAAUCAAAACCCACCAGCCACAACCGAAGGCAACCGGGGAUAUGGAGAUGUGGUGAAAAAUGCCGAAGCUUUGGCGUCUGUCGCUACCCUCCGUCGGCCCCUGCAGAUUCACGGAAUCCGCCUGAUGGAGUUGACUGAGCGAGAGUCGAGCGUGAUGCGCGUCUCUGAGAUUGAGGAAUUUGCGGGUCGCGACCCCAUCAUCAAGGCCUUCGGCACCUUUGGGCAAUCCCGAGCGCUCGCCGUUGCAGGCCAAAUCGCCGUCGUACCCGAGCAUUCGUUCUCGGGCACUUUGAUGUCUCGUGCGACGGAACUCAGGUCUGAUUUGGUCCUGGUUCCCUGGUCUGAGACAGGCACCAUGUCCGAAUACCCAAGCCUCUAUGACAAAGAACCGUGUAAUCCGCUGGCGAAUCGCACUUUUGCCGCCUUUGCAGCGGAAAUGUUUGACAAGGCUCGAGUAACUUGCUCUGUGGGCGUGUUGCUUGACAAGACAGUGCUCUGCCACCCUGCUCUAGCCGAUGCGGAACCAAUGUCGCCAGGAGUCGAUCGCCUGACUCGCCACCUGAGCCGCACGGCCACCGGUGUCAGCACCAUAGAUCAGACCAAUUCGACGGUGCACUUCAGGCAGCUUCACGGUGACCUGGGCAGGUACAGGUUGUUGGUCGUCUACGGCGGUAAAUCCGAAGAUGAUUUAUUCGCCGUGAAAUUCGGGCUGCAACUUGUGAAGAACGAGACGGUCGACUUGAAGGUUCUUGUUCUACCUGCCGUUGCUGCUGGGGAUGAUGAAAUCGAGAUUGGUGACCGCGGCCAGGAACAGAUCAGGCAUCAUCUGGCGUAUGAGCUCGAAACCCUUCGCACAAGCGUACCGGACUCGUUGAGCGACAGGGUUACUUUUGUCGAUCUCCCAAUGGGCAUUUCGAACCUCGAAGCCGUCACUUCUGCCAUCGCCGAACCCAGUUCUGCAGAAACCAUUGUCAUUUUCGGCCGAAACGCGAGCGAGCAAUCUACGGGACGCGAGGAUUCGCGCGUCUUGGGCGCCAUGGCUACGAACCUGGUGCGUUUCAUCCGCGAGAAGACUGUCAGUGUUGGACUGCUUGUCAUGCAGGCGAGAAGGGAACCUGAAGGGUCCGCAGCGGCGGGCGUCGCUGGAGGGAAAGGGAUGCAGCAGCUUACCAAAAAGGCCAGUAUCAUGAGCGAUGAUUAG